CCCCUGCAUGCAAGAUUUUAAACAUAGGAAUGCCAAGCCUGUGUGGCCAUGCAGUGGAACAACUGGAUCUUCCCAGUACUUUUUAGCAUAGCCUUGCAAAAUUUGGAUGUUUCUUCGCCAGAGUGGUGGGGUGCAAUCGUUCUUCUCUGUGUCGCCACACUCGGCUGGCUGUUUGGCCGUUUGGCUGUGACACACUGGGCGUUGUAUUUUCGACCUUCCUCUCUUUAUCAACUCGGGCUGGACAAGUUGGGCUGCAGUGAUGCCUGUGCCUAUUUGGUGGGUUCGCUGACUGUCCUUGGCACCCUCCAGUUUCUGCUGGUGACCUGGCGUUUGUGGCCUGAACUGUCACUCCUUGACCUGGAGAAAAUUCGGGGGGAACUGAUCGAAGCCUUUCCAGAGGAGCUGGAGAUCAACUUGACCAAUGGCGUGCUCACGGGGAACCGCCCCGGUCCUGUGUGGAUAGAGGUUCCAACCCUGAGCCUUUUCGACUUCUGUGGAGGAUCUCUGAUGUGGUCGCUGGCCUCUCUGGACUUUGGAAGUCCAGACUUGCGAGACCUAGGCCGUGUGGCCGUCACCGCAGCUUCUUACUAUAUGGACUUCACACCCACCUUCCGUGUUUUCGAGUUCGAUGUGGGUGACAAGGUGGAAGUGACGUCGAGUCCUCAGAUCGGGGGGAAUCCUGGCUUUUGA